AUGUCGCUCCGCCUGAAAGCUCCUCAGAUCGUGCGAGGCAUAUCUCCAGCGCAGCUCCGGACGCAUCUUGCCGCCCCUUCUCCGCUGCCCCUCCUCCUGCCCGAUCUCGCAUCCGGUGAUGUUUGGCCUGGGGCUCGCUCAUGGACACUUAACGACGGUCUCAAGAGAGUCAGAGAUGUCGUAGAAGAAGAUAGGGAGGUGGACGUGGAGUUGGGCCCGCGGGGCAGGGGAUAUCUCGAUAAGGGGUAUAGAAGGGUUGGGAUGGGGUUCGGCCUCUUUCUCGACGCCUUCAUACUGGACCGCAUCCCCUCUUCGACGCCCAAAAACCAGAGACCCACGGCCUAUCUAGCGCAAUACGAUAUCGACCCUUCCUCCCCUCUGUCCAAAGUGGAUAUGCCACCACUACCUCACUUCACCUGCGGACCUCGGGCAGAAAUAUGGAGGCGAGCACUUUGGAUCGGACCGGAAGGGAGCUGGACCCCGUUUCAUCGGGAUCCAUACAUCGGCAUCUACACACAUUUGAUCGGCCAAAAACGAUUCUGGCUCCUCCCGCCAUCAUCUGCAGGAUACCUCGACAUUUCCGCCUCUCCACCACAUACCAACACAUCCACCAUCCCCAUCUCUGUCUCUUCCGUCUUCCCGUCUUCCACUGCCUCCUCCACUGAAGAGGACAUCGGAAUCGGGGGAGAUACAAGCGACAUCCCGCUCGAAAAGAUGGAGCGGUACCGGGAUCGCUUGAAGCGCGCAUUCGACGUGGAUGGGGCGUGCGAGGUCGUGCUCGGAGAGGGAGAGAGUGUGCUCGUUCCGGAAGGAUGGUGGCAUUCUGCCGAGGGGCUGAGUACGGGUGUUGGUGUGAACGCAUGGUUUAGAUAG